AUGAAGUUGCCUCCUGGUUUGACUACUGACUGCCCUUCUAGUGGUUCUGCACCUCUUGUGUGUCAUCUUCAAAAGUCAUUAUAUGGUCUUAGCCAAACUUCUAGGGAAUGGUAUGCCGAACUCUCUCAGGCCCUUCACUCUAGGGGAUAUUCACAUUCUCCUAAUAAUCACUCCUUUUUCAUUAAGCAGUCUCCUUCACCAAUUGUUUUACUUGCUGUCUAUGUGGACGAUAUCAUCCUCUCUGGUGAUGAUUUGGAAGAAUUGUCUGCUUUGAAAUCAUUUUUAGACUCUCAGUUUAAGAUAAAGGAUUUGAGUACUCUAAAUUAUUUCCUAGGGAUUGAAGUUUAUUACACUGCCUCUGGUUUACUACUGCAUCAGAAGAAGUUUAUAAGGGAUCUUCUCCAAAAGUACAACUAUAAUAUUGUCAAUCCUGUUGCUUGUCCCCUUGACUUAUCCAUCAAAUUGAAGGCUGAUAUGGGUGAUACACUUGCUUUCCCUGAAUUUUAUAGGAGUUUGGUGGGGAAGCUUAAUUUUUUGACACAUACCAGACCUGAUUUGUCGUUUGCUGUCCAACAUCUGAGUCAGUAUUUGCAAAAACCCACCCACACUCAUAUGAAAGCAGUUAUUCAUCUCCUUAGGUACCUCAAGGGUACUUCUGAUAUUGGUGUUUUCUUCUACAAUGACCUUGUUUUCUCUAUCUCAACUUAUUGUAAUAAUGACUGGGCUGCUUGCCCUGAUACUCGCAGAUAUGUUAUUGGGUUUUGUAUCUUGUUGGGUGGUUCCUUGAUUUCUUGGAAGGCCAAGAAACAGCCUGUUGUCUCCUUAUCAUCUGCUGAAGCUGAAUAUAGAUCAGUGAGUAAGGUCGUUGCUGAAUUGGUCGGGUUGUUGCGUUUACCGUCUGAUUUUGGUGUGAAUGUUGCAGUACAUGUUCCUGUUUUUUGUGACAACUAA